GCAGGGUCCUCCCCUUAGAGACGCCGCCCGCGCACUGCCGAGGGGAGGGGGCAGCGCCAACAAAUUGGGGAGCUCGGCCGGCCGCGCGCAGGUCUCUGCUCAGAGCCACCGCGCCCCGGACGGUGUACAGCGCUCACACUCCCGCACUCUGAGACCGAGCUGCCCGCCGCGGCCUCCACGCGCCCGGCCGCCGCCCCGCGCCGUCCCCCGUCGUCCCCUGCCGCCCCGGGCGCGCCACCAUGGGGCCCCGGCUCGGCGUCUGGCUGCUGCUGCUGCCCGCCGCCCUUCUGCUCCACGAGGAGCACAGCCGGGCCGCUGCGAAGGGUGGUGGUUGUGACAGCUCUGGUUGUGGAAAAUGUGACUGCCAUGGAGUGAAGGGACAAAAGGGAGAAAGAGGCCUCCCAGGGUUACAAGGUGUCAUUGGGUUUCCUGGAAUGCAAGGACCUGAGGGACCACAUGGACCACCAGGACAAAAGGGUGAUACUGGAGAGCCAGGACUUCCUGGCACGAAAGGGACGAGAGGACCCCCAGGAGCAUCUGGUUACCCUGGAAACCCAGGACUUCCUGGAAUUCCUGGCCAAGAUGGUCCACCAGGUCCCCCAGGUAUCCCAGGAUGCAAUGGUACAAAGGGAGAGAGAGGGCCGCUCGGGCCUCCCGGCUUGCCUGGAUUCAAUGGGAAUCCUGGACCACCAGGGUUACCAGGAAUGAAGGGAGACCCAGGUGAAAUACUUGGCCAUGUGCCUGGAAUGCUGUUGAAAGGGGAGAGAGGAUUUCCUGGACCCCCAGGGACACCAGGUUCGCCAGGAUUGCCAGGGCUUCAGGGACCCGUUGGCCCUCCAGGAUUUACCGGACCACCAGGCCCUCCAGGUCCUCCUGGCCCUCCAGGUGAAAAGGGGCAAAUGGGCUCAAGUUUUCAAGGACCAAAAGGCGACAAGGGUGAUCAAGGCGUCAGUGGACCUCCGGGAGUCCCAGGACAGGCGCAAGUUAAAGAAAAAGGGGACUUUGCCCCAACAGGAGAAAAGGGUCAAAAAGGUGAACCUGGAUUUCAGGGCAUACCAGGGUUUGGAGAAAAAGGAGAACCUGGAAAGCCAGGGCCUCGGGGAAAACCUGGAAAGGACGGGGAGAAAGGAGAGAAGGGGAGUCCGGGUUUUCCUGGCGAUUCGGGGUACCCAGGACUCCCAGGCCGUCAGGGCCCUCAGGGAGAGAAAGGUGAAGCUGGACUUCCGGGCCCCCCUGGAAUUGUUAUAGGCACAGGGCCUCUGGGAGAAAAAGGAGAACGAGGUUACCCAGGGACACCCGGGCUUAGAGGAGAGCCGGGCCCUAAAGGUUACCCCGGAAUACAAGGUCAACCUGGCCCUCCAGGCUUACCAAUACCAGGGCAGGCCGGUGCUCCUGGCUUACCAGGCGAAAGAGGAGAAAAAGGCAACCAAGGAAUUCCAGGCACGUCUUUGCCAGGAUCAAGUGGAAGGGAUGGGCCCCCAGGCCCUCCUGGGCCCCCUGGGCCCCCGGGGCGGCCGGGCCACACAAAUGGCAUUGUGGAGUGUCAGCCUGGACCACCCGGGGAUCAGGGUCCUCCCGGGAUUCCAGGGCAGCCAGGAUUGACGGGCGAGAUCGGAGAGAAGGGUCAGAAAGGAGACAGCUGCCUCAUCUGUGACACAGCAGGACUUCGAGGGCCCCCUGGUCCACAGGGGCCUCCAGGAGAGAUAGGUUUCCCAGGACAGCCAGGGGCCAAAGGUGACAGAGGCUUGCCUGGCAGAGACGGCCUUGAAGGACUGCCGGGGCCGCAAGGUACACCUGGGCUGAUGGGACAGCCAGGAGCCAAGGGAGAGCCUGGCGAGAUUUAUUUCGACAUGCAACUCAAAGGCGACAAAGGAGACCCCGGUUUUCCAGGACAGCCUGGCAUGCCAGGGAGAGCAGGGACCCCUGGACGAGAUGGCCAUCCAGGUCUUCCUGGCCCCAAAGGUUCCCCGGGCUCCAUAGGAUUGAAGGGAGAGCGUGGUCCCCCUGGAGGGGUUGGCUUUCCAGGCAGUCGUGGUGACAUUGGCCCUCCUGGGCCUCCAGGAUUUGGUCCCAUUGGCCCCAUUGGUGACAAAGGACAACCCGGCUUUCCUGGAAACCCUGGGUCCCCAGGCCUGCCAGGUCCAAAAGGUGAAGCAGGGAAGGUGGUUCCCUUACCUGGCCCCCCUGGAACAUCAGGACUCCCAGGGUCCCCAGGAUUCCCAGGCCCUCAAGGUGACCGAGGCUUCCCAGGAGCCCCAGGACGGCCAGGCCUCCCAGGAGAGAAGGGUGCUGUGGGCCAGGCAGGGAUUGGAUUUCCUGGGCCUCCUGGCCCCAAAGGUGUUGAUGGUGUACCUGGAGACGUGGGACCUCCUGGAAAUCCAGGUCGUCCAGGAUUUAAUGGCUUACCUGGCAACCCGGGCGUGCAGGGCCAAAAGGGAGAGCCUGGAAUUGGUCUGCCAGGACUCAAAGGACAGCCGGGUCUUCCCGGCAUUCCGGGAACACCUGGGGAGAAGGGCAGUGUUGGAGGACCAGGUGUUCCCGGAGAACACGGGCUGAUCGGCCCCCCUGGGCUUCAGGGGAUCAGAGGUGACCCAGGACCUCCUGGAGUGCAAGGCCCUGCAGGACCACCAGGAGCUCCAGGAAUAGGCCCCCCUGGAGCUAUGGGCCCUCCUGGAGGGCAGGGACCCCCAGGAUCGUCAGGUCCUCCUGGAGUGAAAGGAGAGAAGGGAUUCCCUGGAUUCCCAGGGCUGGACAUGCCUGGCCCGAAAGGUGAUAAAGGUGCUCAAGGACUUCCCGGCCUGACAGGACAGUCAGGGCUCCCUGGCCUUCCUGGACAGCAGGGGACACCUGGAAUUCCAGGGUUUCCAGGUUCCAAGGGAGAAAUGGGUGUCAUGGGGACCCCUGGGCAGCCAGGCUCACCAGGACCUGCAGGUACUCCAGGAUUGCCUGGUGAAAAAGGAGACCAUGGCUUCCCUGGCUCCUCAGGACCCAGGGGAGACCCCGGCUUCAAAGGUGAUAAAGGAGACAUCGGGCUCCCUGGCAAGCCAGGGUCCAUGGAUAAGGUGGACAUGGGCAGCAUGAAGGGACAGAAGGGAGACCAAGGAGAGAAAGGACAAAUUGGACCCACUGGUGACAAAGGUUCCCGAGGAGAUCCUGGGACCCCAGGAGUGCCUGGGAAGGAUGGUCAGGCAGGGCACCCCGGACAGCCAGGACCUAAAGGUGACCCCGGUAUAAGUGGCACGCCAGGCGCCCCAGGACUUCCUGGACCAAAAGGAUCAGUUGGUGGAAUGGGCUUACCAGGAACACCCGGAGAAAAAGGUGUGCCUGGCAUCCCUGGUCCUCAGGGCGUCCCUGGCUCACCUGGAGACAAAGGAGCAAAAGGAGAGAAAGGGCAGGCAGGUCUGCCUGGCAUUGGGAUACCCGGACGACCUGGUGACAAGGGCGACCAAGGACUAGCGGGUUUCCCAGGAAGCCCUGGAGAGAAGGGAGAGAAAGGCAGCACAGGGAUUCCGGGAAUGCCGGGGUCCCCGGGCCUCAAGGGGUCUCCAGGGAGCAUUGGCUAUCCAGGAAGCCCUGGCUUGCCUGGGGAGAAAGGAGACAAAGGCCUCCCAGGCCUGGACGGCAUUCCUGGUGUCAAAGGCGAGGCAGGUCUUCCUGGGACACCUGGCCCCAGUGGCCCAGCUGGCCAGAAAGGAGAGCCCGGCAGUGACGGAAUUCCAGGAUCAGCAGGGGAGAAGGGUGAACCCGGUCAGCCAGGAAGAGGACUCCCAGGGUUUCCAGGGGCCAAAGGAGACAAAGGUGCAAAGGGUGAAGUGGGUUUCCCUGGAUUAGCUGGGAGUCCAGGAAUUCCUGGAUCCAAAGGCGAGCAAGGAUUCAUGGGUCCUCCGGGGCCCCAAGGACAGCCUGGCUUACCUGGUGCUCCUGGUCACCCCGUGGAGGGACCUAAAGGAGACCGAGGACCUCAGGGACAACCUGGUCUGCCAGGGCUUCCGGGACCCAUGGGGCCUCCAGGGCUCCCUGGACUUGAUGGACUAAAAGGUGACAGAGGAAAUCCAGGCUGGCCAGGAGCACCUGGCGUUCCAGGGCCCAAGGGAGAUCCUGGAUUCCAGGGCAUGCCGGGCAUCGGUGGCUCUCCAGGCAUCACAGGCUCUAAAGGUGAUAUGGGUCUACCGGGAGUUCCAGGAUUCCAAGGUCAGAAAGGUCUUCCCGGACUCCAGGGAUUGAAAGGAGACCAGGGAGAUCAAGGCAUACCUGGGCCUAAAGGUCUCCCAGGUCCCCCCGGCCCUCCAGGUCCUUACGAUAUCAUCAAAGGCGAGCCAGGGCUCCCAGGUCCUGAGGGACCCCCAGGUCUGAAAGGGCUCCAGGGACCUCCAGGUCCCAAAGGGCAGCAAGGUGUGACAGGCUCCGAGGGCUUACCCGGACCUGCAGGUGCUCCUGGGUUUGAUGGUGCCCCUGGCCAGAAAGGAGAGACAGGACCUUUUGGGCCUCCUGGUCCAAGAGGAUUUCCUGGUCCGCCAGGCCCUGAUGGGCUGCCAGGAUCCAUGGGGCCCCCAGGCACUCCAUCAGUUGACCACGGCUUCCUCGUGACUAGGCAUAGUCAGACCAUAGAUGACCCGUCAUGUCCUCCUGGAACCAAAAUUCUUUAUCAUGGGUACUCUCUUCUCUACGUGCAAGGCAACGAGCGGGCUCACGGCCAGGACUUGGGCACGGCCGGCAGCUGCCUGCGCAAAUUCAGCACAAUGCCUUUCCUGUUCUGCAACAUCAACAACGUGUGCAACUUCGCCUCCCGCAACGACUACUCCUACUGGCUGUCCACCCCCGAGCCCAUGCCGAUGAGCAUGGCGCCCAUCACUGGGGACAGCAUCCGGCCGUUCAUCAGCAGGUGUGCCGUGUGCGAGGCGCCUGCCAUGGUGAUGGCAGUGCACAGUCAGACCAUUCAGAUUCCGCAGUGCCCCAAUGGGUGGUCCUCGCUGUGGAUUGGCUACUCCUUCGUGAUGCACACCAGCGCUGGUGCCGAAGGUUCUGGCCAAGCCCUUGCGUCCCCUGGGUCCUGCCUGGAAGAGUUUAGAAGUGCUCCAUUCAUCGAAUGCCAUGGCCGUGGGACCUGUAAUUACUAUGCAAAUGCUUACAGCUUUUGGCUCGCCACCAUAGAGAGGAGCGAGAUGUUCAAGAAGCCCACACCGUCCACCUUGAAGGCAGGGGAGCUGCGCACCCACGUCAGCCGCUGUCAAGUCUGCAUGAGAAGAACGUAACGAAGCCCGACGCCCAGCUACCGUCACAACAUGGUGCUACUCCUCCUUCUUUUUAUUUUUAACAGCAAUGAACCCUAGAAAUAUAUCCUGUGUACCUCACUGUCCAAUAUGAAAACCAUAAAGUGCCUUAUAGGAAUUUGCGUAACUAACACACCCUGCUUCAUUGGCCUCUACUUGCUGAAGGAGAAAAAAAAGACAACAAUAAGCUUUCCAUAGUGGCACUUUUGAUGAAAUAAAAUCUAAAUACGUUCUAUAAUCCAGUGCACUAAUGUGUGAAGCGAGAACUCCAUCAGAAAACCAAAGGUGCUAGCGGUGCGUGGUGUCUUCCACUCAGCCUGACUCCCAUAUCAUCCUUUGUAUCGUAACCCACAAGUUCUUCACCCCAGAUAUGAAUGUCUGUUUAUUCACUGUCUAGUGUUUCCAAAUCCAGGUCCCUCAGUCUGUGCAAAUGAGAGUGAUGUAAAAAUUCCUCCAAAAGGAAUUCCGGACUCAGUAGCCCUGUCUCCAGCCCCAAGCAUAGGUUUGCAUCGCUCUGCUCUGCGCGGUACACACAGUCGCUCUUGCAGAACGCCCGGAUUUCCUGUGGAAUAAAGAUGGUCCAAAAACAGUCAGAAAUUAAAUAUAUAUAUAUUUUAGUAAUUUAUAUAGAUGUCCGCAAUUAGGCAGGUCAAGUUCUAGUGUAAGUUCCACUGUUAAACUAAAGCUUACGUAGAAGUAUUUCUCUUUCAAAGACUGUGGUGUCUUUUAACAUAGUUUUAAACACUAGAAACAGCAGCUUUCCUGUUCACUUCCAAAGAAAAGCGAUGCGUUGCCAAAGCCGAACCCAGGUUCACAACUAUGGUGUCUACAACAGUGAAACGUGUACUUGGAGCUUACUGUUUUUAUUCUGUAUUAAAUAUUUUCAGGGUUUUAAACACUAACCACAAACUGAAUGACUUGACUUCAAAACAACAUUUUAAAGGCCUUCAUUAGUUUUCCUCAUUCUUCAUUGGAGCUGCUUGGAAAAACAGCUCUAUUGAGUCAAAAUAUCAGUAUUUUUACCCAUAAACACAUGCUGCCACCUCCUAGGCUUCUUGUGAGCUGUGUCACAGGCUCCAGCAGGGAACAGAUGGAUCGCAGGAGGGCAGAUUCGGACCACUAUGCUUGAAACGACCUUCCGCUAAAAGUCUCCAAAACGUUUUUAAGACUACUAAGGCCUUUUAUGUAAUUUCUUUAAAUGUGUAUUUCGUAAGAAUUCAAAUUUGU